AUGGCUGAAGCAAAUAAGAGGAACAAGUCCAAAUUUGACGGACCUACACAUUCUGGAGGUUCAAUUCCAUUUCAUGAGCAUGCAAGGCGGUUGGAAGAUGGGGUCACAGAUCCGUCUACCCUGGGUUGGGCUGUGUUCAAGCAUACACACACAUCUAAAGAUGAUCGUGACAAGUGGUGCAAUGACAAGGCAAAGGCAACAGCUGAUGGCUUUACGAGACUUAGGGAAGAGAGAGACAGUCAAGUCAUUCCAGGAGAGGAUGCUAGCAGUGUUGCCUCGGAUAAUGAUUUGAUCGUGCAGGCAUCUGGUGGGGUUAACCUUAAAGGACGGUUAUACGGUUUAGGUACACUGGGAGGAGCAUAUAAGAAAUCUCGACUCUCCAAUAGGCUACCACUUGGAGUGUCCCAGCAAGAGCAUGACAGGAUGCGCACAUUGAUUAUGCAGUUGCAGGGUACAGUUGCACAACAAGAGAAGAGGGCUGCACAGCAAGAGGAGAGGGUUGCACAACAACAAGAGAAGGCUGCACAGCAGGAGAAAAAGGCUCAGCAACAAGAUAGUCUCAUGGUUAUGCCCCUUUUCAUUAGUAUAUGUCUUGGACAUUUAUAG